GUCCGUGCAUGUCCACCUCAGCCCUGGAUUGAAGCUAAGCGCCAGCCUCACGCAUUAAAACCCCGCAUCCUCCUGUUCCAUUGAAACCAUGGUCAGACUAGCAUAGCAGUAGUCUAAAUCAAUGCCGUUCCCAGGAUGCAGAGCCUUUUUAGACGACGAAAGCAAACACCAGCCGAACCGGCGACUACGGCAGGGUCAUCGGCGCCCCACACGAAGGUCUUCCCCGCCGGCAUUAAGCUGCUCUACAGCUCUGAGCACGCCAACGUCGACAUCGUUUUCGUCCAUGGCCUGACCGGCGAUCGUGAGCAGACCUGGACCUCGCCGAAUGCCACCGACCCAUGGCCCAAAACCCUUCUCCCGAACAAGCUCCCGACCGCGCGUGUUUUGACCUUCGGAUACGAUGCAUACGUGGCGGACUGGCGAGGUGUGGUAUCGCAGAGCCGGGUUGGAAACCACGCCUGGAACCUGUUGACAUCUCUCGCUCGGUAUCGGGAGGAGGAUGACACGAAUGAUCGACCGAUCAUUUUCGUGUGCCAUAGCUUGGGAGGACUGGUCUGCGAGGAUGCUUUGGUCAAGUCGAAAGAGCGGAGAGAACCUCAUCUCCAGAGCAUCAUUCAGCAGACGCUGGGUAUCGCCUUCCUCGGGACCCCGCACCGUGGUGCCGGUCUUGCGCGAUGGGCCGAGAUGAUGUCGCGGACCAUUGGCAUGAUGAAGCAGACCAACGCGGAGAUCGUCCAAAUCCUUAGGCGCGACUCGGAGGUGCUCGCGAGGAUCCAGGACAGUUUUCACGGCAUGGUCAUGGCACGCAACCAGUAUGGUCUUCCACCAAUCGAGAUCACCUGCUUUUAUGAGGAGCUACCCAUGCCGGUGAUCGGUCUAGUCGUGCCACAAGACUCGGCCAUUCUCCCUGGCUACAUCCCGAUUGGAAUCCGAGGCAACCAUUCAGAAAUGACCAAGUUUGCAGACAUGGACGAUGCGGGAUUUACUGCUGUGUGCGGGGAGCUCCGCCGAUGGGUUAAAGCAACGGGGGCAGCGCAAGUACAGGGCGGGAGUGCCCGUCUGCCGAACGAAGCGGGUGAAACACGCAGCGACCAAGAGGGACAGGACCUACCCAGUGGUGGUGGUGCUUCAGCCUUUCUCGUGCCAUACCCAAGCAAUCCAGAGUUUGUUGGCCGGUCGAGGGUGUUAGAGCAACUGAAGGAGCAGCUCGGUCCCGCUGAAGUGAUGUCCAGGACCGCGCAAGCACGGGUGUCGCUCUAUGGCUUGGGAGGCAUCGGAAAAACUCAGAUUGCGCUGGAAUACGCCUACUGGCUGCACAAUUCAUACCCGAAUAUGUCGGUGUACUGGGUUCAUGCAAGCAAUGCUGAGCGGUUUCGCGACUCGUUCGCCAAGAUCGCAAAGGAAUGCCAGAUACCGGGUUUUGACGACUCCACAUCAGACCUGUUACAUCUAGUGAAGACGUGGCUAGAGAAGAAGGACCACGGAGAGUGGACUAUGGUUAUCGAUAACGCCGACGAUCUGGAGCUCUUCAGUUCGCCUGGGUGUGCUAAAAGCACGAUUGUGAGCGAUGGCGAUAUCGCACGCUAUCUCCCCGAGUGCAGCCAUGGAGCCAUGUUGAUCACGACGCGAAACAAACAGGUGGCGGUGAGGCUGAGUACGAGCCAGCUCCCGAUUCAGGUAUGCCGCAUGGAGGAAGAGGAGUCGAGACGCUUGCUUCAUUCCAGGCUGAGAGACGAACACAUCGAUUCUGCUAAUCUGUCGAUUAUCUCCUCUCGACUUGAACAUCUUCCCCUAGCCCUUAUCCAAGCCGCGGCUUUCAUUCAGGAGAACAGCAUAUCAGUCAGCGAAUACCUGCUACUGUUGGACGGCGGCGACCAAAGUCUCGUCGAACUACUCAGCAACGAGUUUGAGACAGUUGGGCGAGACUCGGAGACGCCUCGGGCGGUUGCAGAGACCUGGAUGCUCUCUUUUCAGCAGAUCCAGCUGCAGAAUCCCUUCGCAAGCGAACUGCUCUCGCUGAUGAGCUUCUGGGACCGACAGGCGAUUCCAGAGGAAUUCCUAUCAAACUAUGGAGAGCGCAAUAGCCGUUUUAAGACUCGCAUAGAGUUUAUCAAAGCUAUCGGCGUUCUCAAAGCAUUCUCUCUUGUAUCGGGAGAGAAGAGCGGCAACCUCGACAUACACCGGCUUGUGCAGUUAGUAACGCGCAAGUGGCUUACCAAAGAGGACACUGCUAGCCGUUACAAGAGGGAGGCGCUCUUAACAGUGUCCGAGAUGUACCCAUUUGGCAGGUUCGAAACCCGGGCCAUAUGCAGUGCAUAUCUGCCACAUGGAAAUGCCGUGCUAAGGCUUGAUGUUAGCGCAUCAGUCAAAGUGGAGAAGGCAAAGGCAACUCUGCUUCACUGCAUGGCUGGAUAUCUGGAUUUUGAGGGUAGGUGGAGCAAUGCAGAGGAUUUGAGAAUGCAAGCUGGGGAAAUAAGGAAGAGGGUGCUAGGCAAGGAGCAUCCUAAUACGCUGUCUAGCAUGCACAACCUGGCAUUAACAUACUUGAAUCAGGGCCGAUGGAAGGAGGCUGAGGAGCUAGGGGUGCAGGUAAUAGAGACAAGCAAGAGGAUGCUAGGCAAGGAGCAUCCUAAUACGCUGUCUGGCAUGCACAACCUAGCAUCAACAUACGGGAAUCAAGGCCGAUGGAAGGAGGCUGAGGAGCUAGAGGUGCAGGUAAUGGAGACAAGCAAGAGGGUGCUAGGCAAGGAGCAUCCUAAUAUGCUGUCUGGCAUGCACAACCUAGCAUCAAUAUACUGGAAUCAAGGCCGAUGGAAGGAGGCUGAGGAGCUAGGGGUGCAGGUAAUGGAGACAAGCAAGAGGGUGCUAGGCAAGGAGCAUCCUAAUACGCUGUCUGGCAUGCACAACCUAGCAUCAACAUACUGGAAUCAAGGCCGAUGGAAGGAGGCUGAGGAGCUAGGGGUGCAGGUAAUGGAGACAAGUAAGAGGGUGCUAGGCAAGGAGCAUCCUGAUACGCUGUCUGGCAUGCACAACCUAGCAUCAACAUACUGGAAUCAGGGCCGAUGGAAGGAGGCUGAGGAGCUAGGGGUGCAGGUAAUGGAGACAAGUAAGAGGGUGCUAGGCAAGGAGCAUCCUAAUACGCUAGCUGGCAUGCGCAACCUAGCAUCAAUAUACUUGAAUCAGGGCCGAUGGAAGGAGGCUAAGGAGCUAGGGGUAAUAGAGACAAGGAAGAGGGUGCUAGGCAAGGAGCAUCCUGAUACACUAACUAGCAUGCACAACUUGGCAUCAAUAUACUUGAAUAAGGGCCGAUGGAAGGAGGCUGAGAAGCUAGGGGUGCAGGUAAUGGAGACAAGCAAGAGGGUGCUAGGCAAGGAGCAUCCUGAUACGCUGUCUAGCAUGCACAACCUGGCUUGCACUUGGCAUGCAUCUGGUCGACGCGAUGAGGCAGUUGUCUUGUUGAAGGACUGCAUUCAAAAGCGCCAGCAGAUCAUUGGCUGCAAUCACCCCCAUACUCAAUCUUCCAUAUCAGUAUUGAGGUUCUGGCAGGAGGACUUCGGCGAGUCGGCAUCAGUAUGAGAUAGAAUGGUCAGAGUGUAAGGCGGAU